CUUUGGAUUGAACGUGGAAAUCCGGUGUUUCUUCCUUCCUGAGAUUCUAAGUCUCCCUUUUCUUCUCUCUGAACCAAAGAAGGAGACCCAGUCUCAGCAUUGAUCCUUGCUUUCUCCCAACUCUCCCCUUUCGGAUGUAAACUAGCCGAAGCUAUAACAGCUCUUGUUUCAGUUGCAGAUCGCAGUUAUUCCUUCAAAGCUUCUCCUUCUUCAAGUCUAGGAAUUUUUGGUUGUCUGGAGUAUUUGAUUUGAUUUGAUUUGAUUUAAUGGGUCUAUUGUCAAAUCAUAGAGGCUCAAGAACGGAGACAAACCAGGAAACUUUACCAGUUUCUGCAGCUGGUUUAUCGGUGCCGCCCAAGAAGAGAUGGUCCAAUCUAAUGCCUCUGGUUGUGGCCCUUGUGGUCAUUGCUGAGAUCGCCUUCUUGGGUAAGUUGGAUAUGGCGAAGAACACUGCUAUGCUCGAUACUUGGGCCGACUUAAUUUACUGGUCUCGUGAAGUCGUCGCAAAAGAUGAUUUGGGGAUAGCUCGUGAAGUCGUCGCAAACGAUGGUUUGGGGAUAGAUAUGCUUGGUGGGGUUCGGACUUCAGAAUCUGAGAGCUGUGAGGAGUGGUUAGAGAGGGAGGAUGCUGUGGCGUAUUCAAGGAACUUUACAAAGGACCCUGUUUUGGUCAGUGGAGGUGAACAGGAGUGGAAGUCAUGUGCCGUUGGAUGCCAGUUUGGGUAUAAUUCAGGUAACAAACCUGAUGCAGCGUUUGGUUCAUCUCAACAAGCAGGGACAGCUAGUGUUUUGCGAUCUAUGGAAUCUUCGCAAUACUAUGCAGAGAACAAUAUUGCAAUGGCAAGACGGAGGGGAUAUAACAUUGUAAUGACAACCAGUCUAUCAUCUGAUGUUCCUGUUGGAUACUUCUCUUGGGCUGAGUAUGACAUUAUGGGACCUGUGCAACCCAAAACUGAAAGUGCUCUUGCAGCUGCUUUUAUUUCGAAUUGUGGUGCUCGAAAUUUCCGGUUGCAAGCUCUUGAAGCUCUUGAAAAAGCAAACAUCAAGAUUGAUUCUUAUGGUGGUUGCCAUAGAAACCGUGAUGGAAGAGUGGACAAAGUGGAAACUCUGAAGCGCUACAAAUUUAGCUUGGCAUUUGAGAAUUCAAAUGAGGAGGAUUAUGUAACUGAAAAAUUUUUCCAAUCUCUUGUUGCUGGCUCUGUUCCUGUUGUUGUUGGUGCUCCAAAUAUUCAGGAUUUUGCUCCAGCCCCUGGUUCGCUUUUACAUAUUAGAGAGCUUGAAGAUGCUGAAUCAGUUGCCAAGGCCAUGAAACACCUGGCAGAGAACCCUGAGGCAUAUAACCAUUCAUUGAGGUGGAAGUAUGAGGGCCCAUCUGAGUCUUUCAAGGCUCUUGUGGAUAUGGCAGCAGUACAUUCAUCUUGCCGCCUUUGCAUUCACUUGGCGACAGUGAUUAGAGAGAAGGAAGAAAAGAGCCCAGGCUUCAAGAAGCGCCCCUGCAAGUGCACUCGAGGUUCAGAAACAGUAUAUCACACAUAUGUGAGAGAAAGGGGAAGGUUUGAGAUGGAGUCCGUUUUCUUGAGGUCAAACAAUUUGACUCUAGAAGCUUUGAAGUCUGCUGUGUUACAGAAGUUCACAUCCCAGAAUCAUGUACCCAUAUGGAAGACAGAAAGGCCAGAAAGCAUAAGAGGGGGCAAUGAGUUAAAAAUUUACAGAAUAUAUCCUGUAGGGUUGACGCAGAGGCAGGCUCUCUAUACCUUCAGUUUCAAAGGGAAUGCUGAUUUUAGAAAUCACUUGGAAAGCAAUCCUUGUUCCAAGUUUGAAGUCAUAUUUGUGUAGCAUAUUCUCAUUUUCUCUCUUCCUUUUCUAUGAAUACCCUAGCGCCACCUUCACCUUCACCUUGAACUUCAGCUUCUCGUCGCAGGCUUUGAUAUCUUAGAAUCACUGAUGAAGGGGCUUAGUUAUAGCGCACAGAAGAAAAUGGAAGGAAAAAAGAUUUGUUUGAUUUGAAUCAGACAUAUUUUUCUUCUCUCACUUCUCCCACUUAUCUCUAUGCUAAAGUAGAUUUAGGAAUGAAUCAAGAGGUAUGGCUUUAAUCUCUUAGGUAGGUAGGUGAUAAGAGGGAUUCUUACACUUGGAGAGCACCAGGCUACGUUUUUUAAACUCAAGUCGUGCAUGAUGAGAAGCUAUAUAGGGAAGACUCUGUUUGAUUUUUCUGAAUUAUAACUAUAAUCUGGAUAUGACAGACAGGUCCUGUAUAUUGUAUUUGAGAGUCGCUUGUUUCAUACACCUUUUAAUAUUAUUAUGUAUGUUUUUCCCCGAAACAUUAAUAAAGUGAUUCUAUUUUGUUUCA